AAAGAGGCGCCAACAACCUGCAUUUUACAACUUGUCUUGUGAGAUAAGCGUAUCUUGUGUAUCAGCAGGCGAGAGACAUGAAGACUUUAGCGGUAUUGAUUCUGUUUGCCGCGCUUUGCGCUGUAAGUGCAUAUGAUGACUAUGAAUUUAAAGAGUUCAUGGCAUUUGAAGAUGAAAAGGUCAGUAAACAGAAAAGGGUCCUGAAUGGGUAAAACGGGAACUGGGAUUUGCCUGCUUUUGGACGGCUGGGAAAAUGAUUUUAGGUUACUGGGAAUGGGGUUGACAGACACAAAAGUGCAUGGGAAUGAGAAAACCAUCAGUAAUUUCAGGAUGAAAUAACUUUAAGGAAAGCUACAGAGCAACCUUUGAAAGAAAAUUUGUCUAAGGAAAGAAGUCCAGGAAAUGUGCAUUUAAUCGACUUUCUGCUCAAUAAGGUCAUUUUCUGCGAGCCAGUGUUUUGCUUAAACAGCGGGCUUGGUUUGUUUUGGUUUAUAUACUUCAAACCUUUCCCUCGGAAAAGAUAAUCCUAAAGAGCAAUUUAACGUAGAACUACGUUUUAAAUAAAGUCAUCAGUGGGAUUUGGUCUAAAAAAUGCUUUGGAAGAGCAUUCUCUGCUGGAAUCCCUUUGUCUAGGGUUAGGGUGAUAUUUUUGGAACCCUAUCCCUAUAGCGAUGACUGCAGAGGAGGCUAGGCUGGGCAAGGCAUUUAGAGAAAAUAUGGGCUGGGAAAUAGGAUCUUGAAACCCCGUCCUAUUCACGAUCCUCUUUAAUAUCAAUACGAGUAUAUUUUGUGUAAAAAAUUAAAUUUGACAUGCUUAAAUAUAUAGCCUUGCAAGUCUGUUAAUAAGCACUAUUAACUAAUUACUAAUUACAAAAGAAAUGAAUGUUUAAUCAUUGUUUGUAAAUUUGUUCGGCUCGAGUUUGUAUAUCAGAUAAAGAUCGGCUGCGAAUGUUCUAACUAGUACUUAUAACAUGAGUGCCCCUAUUGUAUCGGAUAUACAAACUCGACCUGAACGCGAGAGUUUGUAUAUUCGAUACAACACGGAGGCGAACGUUGUAAAUGGCUUGUGAAACGUCUUGUUGAGAACAUUGGUGUUCUUCAACCAUUUAAAAUGAAUGAUAUUUGUUGAGAAAAUUGAACUUACCGUUUAUGUAAAUCAACAUGAUUUUGUAUCAGAUAUACAAACUCCUUCACGGUCAUGAUUUCUUUUCUGUUUUCUUCAUGAAAUAUUAAUGAGUUUCACAAUUUUUAUUUUAUUUUAUUUUAUUUUAUUUGACUCCAUAGUUUAAUAUGAUAUACUUGCUCAUGAAAAAAAAAUUGGUUCUUGAGUUAAAGAGGGUUAGAAUUUUUAGGAUUCUUGCCUGGCUUAACUGUCGUUUGUGAUGAGACUUUCCCAAUGCAACAUUAUUUGUAAAUGACAAAAAAUAAGGUUACUAAUUUUCGACAACUUUGGUCAAUUCCAGGGUCGUCGUUUUUCACUGGGGGACAGUAAGGCCUAUAUGCCGAAAAAAGUCCCAAAUAUCCAAAGAAUACCUAAAAAUGACAUUCUAAAAAUCGUAAAUAUAGUCUUCUCUGGGAGGGCAGUUGCCUCCCUCCCCCCCCCCCCCCCCUUCCCGCUGUGUACGGCCCUGGUCACUUCUGGUCUUUGAAAGUUACCGUUGAGUGUGUUAAAAACGAAUCUAUUGCCUAGAACAAAUUUGAUUCUUUAACCUAAAGCUCUGCAUGUGAUGCCAGAUUUGUAUUUAAUUCAGAAAAAUUACAUCUAUGUAAUACAACUAACAACGUAACCAUUUAAUGCUAAAUUGGUUUGAUAUCCUACAGCCUUCAUCACCACCAAGACCAUCUCCAUCUGGAAAACUACCAUCAAAACGACCACGCCCAUCUGGACGACCACCCUUGAAGCGCUUGGGGAAGGCCUUAAUUAAGGUGAGCGCAUUCCAUGGCUUACGAAACAAGCUCUAAAUUUCCAGAACCUAAUCUAACUUGUUGUUUCCUUUCUUGAUUCUAUUAUUUUUAUGACAGGCUUGUCUUUUCAACCGACUUAAACCCACUGAAGGGACAAAACGUGAAGAAACAAAAAAUCCCAAGCCUGCACCCAAGUUUUGCCAGAUAAUCCGAGAAAAGGUAUUGCUUGAACUUAUAAAAUUGGAAUUAACCGAAAAGUUUGUGUGUUAUCCCAGUCGAAAUUGUUCUUUAACAUUGAAUGAUUUUAUACUCAUUAAUUUUGGGAUAGUGCAUGUUUAGGUUAAAUUAAAGUUAAUUCAACUUCACAUUGUGUGAAUAAUGGCUUUUUUGUGUCCAUUUUGAAGUGUGCUCCCGGGAAAGGAAAUGAAACGAAAUGCUUCGAUAUUGGAAAAUACGUAAGUUUCACGUGACUAUAAGACAUGUCGGAAAAAUUUGAAAGUACAUUCUUUAUUAAAAGCAUAUCUUAGAAGUGUAAGCAGUUGAAAUUAAUUAAAUAACAUUUUCAUUUUCUAUUUUGUCAGUGCAAAGCAAAAAUUGGAUGUCUUGGUCGUAUCAAGGAAUUUGUGGACCAUUUCGUAAGUUUUUUUCAUUGAAAACUCAGUACGUAAGCAUAAGAUAGGCAUAGGCCUGUGCCAAAUCCAAAAGUCGCCUUAAGUCGCAAUGACGUCACAAGGCGAUUUAAGUUAGCAGCGACAAAAACCGACUUAUAUUAGAGCCAUUAAAUACAACUUUUGGUCCUACCUGAAGCGUACCCCUCUCUUCUAAUUUUAUAUAAUUCUCUACAUGCAUGUACUCCCGUUAACAAUCGUACAUUCAACAAGAAAUGAACGAUUCCUGUGUUUAUUAUUAUACGAUAAUCUGUAAUAGCAUAAUGAGUGGAUGUGAAAAUAAUCAGUCAUGCAUUGGAGUUGCUUAUUCAACGUCAUUUUUUCUCCAAUUGCAGUGCCAUGAACAUCCAUGCGAAUUCAAGGUAGACGCUUUUACGCUUUUUUUCAAUGAAUGAAACUCUUUACGUGUAUUAUUUACCAUUGAAGUCUACCAUAAUUCUUGACUCAUUUUUUCGUCAUUGAACAAAAUAAAUCGCUUUUACACUUUAGAAAAAAGAAGAUACAGAUGCUGACGAUGAUGAAAUGGACCCUAAACCAAGUGGCAAACCAAGUCGCAGACCAAGUGGCAGACCAAGUGGCUGCCCACGACCACAUCGUGGUGAGAAUGAUGAAGAAUAUGAUGAGGAAAAAGGAAAACGACCAUGCCCCCCAAGACCCCGACCUUCCGGACGGCCAUCCGGUAAACCUCGCCCAACUGGAAUCCUUCCAUCCCGUAAGGUAAAAGCUUUUACGCUCGUUUUCAAUAACUGAAAAUCCUUACGUGUAUAAAUGAAAUUCCUUACGUGAAUGUAUUAUUUACCAUUGAAGUCAACUAUGGUUGUUGAUUCGUUAUUUCAUCACUGAACAAAAGAAAAAAAAUUUCACACUUUAGGGGAAAGAAGGUACAGAUGCUGACGAUGAAGAGGGACAUCCACCAAAACCAAGUGGAAAACCAAGUCGCAGACCAAGUGGCAGACCAAGUGGUUGCCCACGACCACAUCGUGGUGAGAACGAUGAAGAAUAUGAUGAGGAAAAUGGCAAACGACCAUGCCCCCCAAGACCCCGACCUUCCGGACGGCCAUCCGGUAGACCUCGCCCAACUGGAAUUCUUCCAUCCCGUAAGGUAAACGCUUUUAUGCUCGUUCUCAAUAACUGAAACUCCUUACGUGUAUAAAUGACAUUCUUUACGUGUAGUAUUUAGCAUUGAAGUUAACUAUGGUUGUUGAUUCGUUCUUUCAUCACUGAACAAAAGGAAAACAUUUUUAUACUUCAGGGGAAAGAAGGUACAGAUGCUGACGAUGAAGAGGGACAUCCACCAAAACCAAGUGGAAAACCAAGUCGCAGACCAAGUGGCAGACCAAGUGGCUGCCCACGACCACAUCGUGGUGAGAAUGAUGAAGAAUAUGAUGAGGAAAAGGGAAAACGACCAUGUCCCCCAAGACCCCGACCAUCUGGACGGCCAUCCGGAAAACCUCGCCCAACCGGCAAAGGAACUGGACCCGUUCCAAAAAUGUAAUAGCUUCCCUCAACCUGGUAUGUACACUAGUUAUGUUUAGUUUGGUAUGUAUACAAGUCAGAUUCGAUCUAAUUGAACUCAAUUAUUUUGUUAAAAUAUAGUUCGAUCUGAUUAUUAUGUUAAAAUAUGGUUCGAAACGUAAUAAGGUGGAAAAUUAGCCAAGCCGAGAACUAUCCCAAGAAGAAGUCUGGGGGUAGUUCUCAGUCUGUAACGAAGCUCGGAUUUUUUAAUAUCCGUUAAUCCGAACGUUAUGCACUAUUUACAACAUGGACGUCCGUGUACAGAAAAACAAACUCGAUUCUUUACGGUGAUGAUUUCUUUUAUGAGUUUUUUCAUGAAUUAUUAAUGAGUUUCACAAGUCCAAAAUAAUUUUUGCAUUCAUUGAACAGCAAAGCUAAUUUUUCAACCAACAACAAAAUAUAUGCAAAAGUGUAAAACUGUACAUUUCAUAUUAUUUAACAUUAAGUGCACUCAAUCAGAAGAUGUUUGGUGAUCCGUUUACGUUUUCAUUUAUCCACUGGAAUAAACUAUCCAGGUCGAAAUCGGCCGCAGCACAGAAAAGAUACAUCCGGGCACCCAAAUUAAUCGCCAGUAUCAUUCUGAAGAAAACUGAGUUAAUUAAUACACGUCAUAAAUCCAAAAAUUCCCAAAGGCAAAAUAAAUUCAAAGAUUAUCCAAAUGGCGCUAUAUCUAUUGCAAUAUGAAAAUGACCUUCGCCUAUAGACUAUGAUGCACGAAAUGAAUAAAAUCAGUCCCGAACGCUUCAGAAUCUUGACUAGCGUUUUAUUUCUUCUCUUUACAGGAAAAAAGAUUAAUGAACAAAAAAUGUAGAACUUUAGUUGAGUUAGUAUUAAUAUAGAAAUAGAAAGGACAAAUUAAAAUAUUGUAGUUUGAAAAUAAAUAAAUACUUCUGAGCAUUGG